CGACCCUCUCCUCCAAAUCACUCCCUCGUUCGUCUUUUUCUCCCUCGCGCUCAUCUCCCUCACUCACGAAAUCACUAGCUCCUGCGCCAUUGCGCUGCCCAUGUCGACCGCCGCAUGUCUGCCAUCGUCCUCUAAGCCCCGGUAAGCACAGGUGAGCAUCUCCAUCUUCUCAGCCGCCGUUCACCCCCAAUCUCUGAACUUGAUCACCGACGCAGCCCAGUCGUGACUGCCGUGCCCACGUCCGAAAACGUUUCUGCGACGAGUAGCUUAGAGUUCGAAUGUCCUUAGCACUCUGUCCAGCAAGAUUAAGGACGUUGGACGGGCAUUCGUGUCAGUUUGGAACCCAUUCAAACACGAACCAACAGUUAAUUAUGCUUUUUUGGCAUUAAUCAGCGGUAUUAACAGAUCAGUUUCUAACCAAUGGAGCCCAUAUGCGUUUAGGUUGAACCGAUUAGAUUGUGACUUAUUGACAUUUGGUUCAUUCGAAGAGGUUUGAUUGAGCAGACUGAUCUUUAUAGGAUUGCUAAUCAGAUUCAAGUCUCUGAGGGGAGGAUGGGAACCAAGUAUGUCCAUAAGAGUGCUAAGUACAAGACCUCAGUUAAGGAUCCUGGCACACCCGGCGUUUUGGAAAUGACAGAGUGCAAGUUUGUAUUUAGACCCAGCGAUCCCACUUCAGCUUCUAAGCUUGACGUGGAGUUUAGAUUUAUUAAAGGCCAUAAAAACACUAAGGAAGGAUCAAAUAAACCACCGUGGCUUAAUCUCACCAAGGACCAGGGUGGAAGUUACAUUUUUGAGUUUAAAAAUUUCUCAGAUCUUCAUGUUUGUCGCGAGCUUGUAGGAAGUGCUUUAGCAAAGUUGGGAGAGGCUGCACAAGCUCCCUCUGAGAGACCUGUGGCAGCAUUUCCUCAUGAACAGCUCAGUAAAUUAGAAAUGGAACUUCGAAUGAGAUGUUUGCAAGAAGAUAGUGAACUACAGAAACUCCAUAAACAAUUUGUGAUUGGUGGUGUGUUGACCGAAUCUGAAUUCUGGGCAGCAAGGAAGAAAUUACUGGAACAAGACAACUCCAAAAAGUCAAAACAGCUGAUUGGUUUUAAGAGUUCAAUGGUUUUGGAUACCAAACCAAUGUCUGAUGGUCGGACAAACAAGGUUACAUUUAAUUUGACACCGGAGAUCAAAUAUCAGAUUUUUGCUCUGAAACCAGCUGUUCACCAAGCAUUUCUUAAUCAUGUUCCCAAUAAGAUAUCGGAGAAAGACUUUUGGACAAAAUAUUUUAGAGCGGAGUACCUUCAUAGUACAAAAAAUUCUAUUGCAGCUGCAGCAGAGGCUGCUGAAGAUGAAGAACUUGCCCUUUUUCUGAAGGACGAUGAGAUAUUGGCUGCUGAAACUCGGAAAAAGAUUCGGCAUGUUGAUCCUACAUUGGAUUUGGAAGCUGAUCUAGGGGAUGAUUACACACACCUUCCAGAUCAUGGAAUCUUUCGUGAUGGUGGCAAGGAAAUAACUGAAUCACAAAAUGAGCACUAUAGAAGGACUUUGUCACAAGACCUUAAUCGUCAAGGUGCAGUUGUUCUUGAAGGCAGAACUAUUGAUGUAGACUUGGAAGAUCCAAGGACCGUUGCAGAUGCACUUGUGCGGUCUAAACAUGCGGUAGAAGGAAAUGAGAGCCAGACAGCACUUGAUAGGAUCUCUAGGAUGACAGCAAUUGAGGAUCUUCAAGCUCCUCAUAGCCAUCCUUUUGCUCCUCUUUGUAUCAAGGAUCCUCGAGAUUAUUUUGAUGCUCAACAAGCAAAUGCCAUUAAGACAUUGGAUGAUACACGAGCUGGAAUGCAACAAACUAAAUGCAGUUUAAGCACUACAGAAGCAUAUGGCUCACUGAGGGAAUCCAUAUCUGAGAUCAAGUCAUCUGGAUUCAAUCAUCCCAUAAUUAAACCGGAAGUUGCACUUAUGGUUUAUAAUGGAUUAACUCAAAAUAUUUCUAGUACCAAAUAUCAACUUGGGAAAAACCCUCAGGAGAGUAUUCUGGAGAGUUUGCCAAACCCUACUAAGGAGGAACUGCUACACCAUUGGAUCUCGAUUCAAGAAUUACUCAAGCAUUUUUGGUCGUCUUAUCCAAUCACCACAUCAUAUCUUUAUACCAAAAUCCUGGAGGUUUGUGGCAUUAACUUUUGCUUCCAAACAAAGGUGAGCAGAUUGAAGGAUGCAAUGGCCAAAAUCUAUCGACAGUUAGAGGAGAUCAAGGAAACCGUGGUGGCAGAUUUCCGCCACCAAGUAUCUCUUUUGGUUCGUCCAAUGCACCAGGCUCUGGAUGCUGCGUUUCAGCAUCAUGACGCUGACAUGCAGAAGAGAUCAGUAAAGAGUGGAGAAAGGCUUAACGGAUACACUUAGAAAUCAUCAAAUAUAGAAUCUCUCUUUCAAUUCCCUCACUGAGUGUUCAUCUUCAGAUGAAAUUUUGCGGUGGACAGCCAUCAUCAUGUGUUGGACAAUAUCUAAUCUAUUGCCUUCAGUAGUAAAUUAACCUUGUUCUUCUUGCAUCAUUCUACCUUUAGAAAAACCUUGUUCUUGAGUUCUAAAAAAAUGAAAUGAAAUGAACAAGGAAUAAAACGAAGUCAUUCAACAAAGUAUGACCAAACUAACAUCCUACAUCUUGAUAAUAAAGCAAUAUUAUGAUCAAA